UUUUAUUAAUCAUGUUCAUAAACUUUCUUUAAUUAAAGAUUUAUUUGAGAAGUUUUAAUGUUUGGUAUAUCUCUUCUGAAUAAAAACAAUGCUGUUUUUUUCAUGUAGAAGAGCACCAGAUCGGACGGUAAUGCUGUAGGUGGGAGGAGAUUUGCACAGUGUUUCUGAUUCCUCUUUCAAAGAUUUACUCUCACAAGAGAAAGGGGCAGGCAGAGAUCUAUACAGAACGGAAUAUAAAUAUAGACGAAACAGAAAACUUUUUUUCAGAGUCGACAACUGCAGGCUCUUUGAUUACUUUUUGGGCCUAGUGCAAGUCUUCAAGUUCACUCUUAUUUAAUUUCGAUGGAGCUGUUAAUGAGUGCUCGGAUAAAGAUCAAUCCACUGCUUUCUUUUCAUUUCAAGAAGCAAAACUCUAAUUUCGUUCCCACAUUCACUCCAAGAGUUACGAAAAGAGUGUUUGUUGGUCCAAUUAGAGUCAUGAAUAAUCCCAAAUUAUUCAAUUCAGUAGCUGCUUCAGUACAGCCACUAGAGGCAUCAGCAGUGGGACGUUUUGACAGCACAUUACCAUCCAAAGAGGUCCUUGAUAUAUGGAGAAAUGCCAAUGCUGUAUGCUUCGACGUGGACAGUACAGUGUGCCUGGAUGAGGGCAUUGAUGAACUUGCUGAUUAUUGUGAAGCUGGAAAGGCAGUUGCCGAGUGGACCGCUAGGGCAAUGAGUGGCUCCAUUCCUUUUGAGGAAGCUUUGGCUGCCAGAUUAUCUCUUUUCAACCCUUCGCUCUCCCAGGUGCAAGAUUUCCUUGAGAAGAGGCCCCCAAGAAUUUCUCCGGGAAUUGAUACGUUGGUUAAGAAGCUGAAGGACAAGAGUACGGAUGUGUAUCUGAUCUCCGGAGGCUUUCGUCAAAUGAUAAAUCCUGUGGCAUCAAUCCUUGGUAUACCACUUGAAAACAUAUAUGCCAAUCAACUUCUAUUUGGAAGCUCUGGAGAGUUCUUGGGAUUCGAUACUAAGGAGCCAACCUCAAGAAGCGGAGGGAAAGCAACUGCAGUUCAACUGAUAAGGAAGGCUCAAGGAUACAAGUAUAUGGUCAUGAUUGGAGAUGGUGCAACUGAUCUUGAGGCUCGUCAGCCGGGUGGUUCUGACUUGUUUAUAUGCUACGGGGGAGUUCAACUCCGAGAGGGUGUUGCAGCUAAAGCUGAUUGGUUGGUGUUCAAUUUUAAGGACCUGAUUAAUUCGUUGGACUAAUGAAUAGCCAUGUUUUUACAUUGUAUUGUAUUUCUUGGAUGAACGAGUGGCCACAAUUUACAUUUUUAUCCUUGACAUUUGGCAAUUUGGUCUGUAUACUUUAUGUUUGGAAUUGAAUAAGAUUUCGUCCUUUAAAAAAAAAAAUGCAAUAA